AUGGUGGUUUUCAUCAACACAAAGCUUAAAUCUCUCAUGAAACUUUUCAAGAGAAAGACUGUUUCCAACCUAGAUGAAGAGAGUAGAUGGACCGUGCACUACACUGCUCCAUGGCACCAGCAGGAAAACGUGUUCCUGCCCUCCUCAAGACCACCUUGUGUGGAGGACCUGCACCGACAAGCCAAGCUGAACCUCAAAUCAGUACUGAGAGAGUGUGACAAGCUGCGGCGGGAUGGCUACCGGAGCUCACAGUAUUACUCUCAGGGCCCCACCUUCUCCUCGUCCUCCAGCGCAAUCUGUGGAAGUUACCAGGAUGAUUAUGAAGAAAUUGAACAAAAGUGCCCCGUCUCUUCCCCAGAAGAAGAAAAGCUUAUUACCAUCAAAAGGCCUAAAACUCCAGUUCCAAAUGAGUUAUCAGAUAUCAACACCCAAACCAACUGGACUAAGUCACUCCCACUGCCAACACCAGAAGAGAAAAUGCGACAACAAGCACAGGCAGUCCAAACAGAUGUGGUUCCUAUUAAUGUGACCGGGGAGAAUUUCGACCGCCAAGCCAGCAUUCGGCGGUCUCUAAUUUACACAGACACGGUGGUAAGACGGCCGAAGAAAGUCAAAAGGAGAAAGACUAUUACAGGAAUCCCUGACAACAUACAAAAGGAGCUAGCAGUUGGCACUGGCCAAAGUGAUUUCCGAGGGCAUUCGAUGUAUGUCCCAGAUCACUGUUCCACGCUAGGGAGACUAGACAGCUAUCGCUCCGCUAUGCAGCGCUCUGAAACCAAGGACACCAGCUGCCAGACAGAGGAGGUUAAAGUUGUGCCCCCUUCAAUGAGAAGAAUACGAGCGCAGAAAGGACAAGGCAUCGCAGCCCAGAUGUCUCAGUUCUCCAGCUCAUCUGGAAACAUGUCAGUGAUGAGUGAUUCCGCUGCAGUUAUAUUUGCUUCUCGCCAAAAUAGCGACAUAGGUUUUCACAGCUUGCCUCGGGCUGGUGCGAGAGUGUCUCUGCAGUCCCUAGAGCAGACACAGAGCAUCUCUAGGCAGACAGAAGACAUCGCUGGCACUUUACCCCACCAGAUAAGUAAAUUGCAAGUGGACGAUAGUGUUGUGCAUCUGAGGAAUAAUCCCACGACGGGGACCCUGUCGAGGCCAAAGUCUCAAGAGGUGAGAAGCUAUGAUAGCGAAAAGUCCGCAAGCCCAGCAUGUGUGGUCUCUCCUCAUGCCACCUACUCAACGAGCAUCAUACCCAACGCAACACUGUCGUCCUCCUCAGAAGUUAUCGUUAUUCACACUGCCCAGAGUGUUGGAUCAUUGGAUAGUAAAAUUACCAGCUCUGCUGCCUACCCAAAGCCAAGAGACAGUCCUGUUGCCAGCAGUGCAGUAAGUGGGAAAGAAGAUCACCAUUCUUCAAGCGGUAACUGGAGCGAGAGCAGCUCCACACGUCACUCACAGACUUCAGACACCAUCCCAUCUAAUACUGUCAUGAUGCUUUCUCUUGGUGACUCUGCUGUCUCUCUUAGCACUCCUGGAAACGCAGAGGCUGGGUCUCAGAGCGUGAGCUACAGCUGUAGGAACAAUCUUGCUUUACCAAACCCUUCGCAGGACAGCAAUGGUAGGAGUGAAUCUAGCUAUUCAGGGGAGCGAGCACAAGCAGCAGUGAACAGCACAGAGCAUUGGCUGUACAAGUCUGCAGAAAACAAUGAGACUCCUUCGCGAAAGGUGGUUUGCACCACACCAGGCUGUGCCACUCCUGGUAGCAACGUGAGCAGCAGCAGCCUGGAGAGGACUUCGGUCAGGGACGAUUCUACUUCUCUGUAUUCUGUGGACCACGAUGGUUAUUACAGUUCCAUGCACAUGGACUCUGGACUGAAGUCAGACAUGCCAUGCAAUAGUACUAAUGGUUUUGGGAACCCCAGAGACAGCGUGAUAAAUGUCUUUGAAGGAAAGGAGAAGAAACAUCAGGAUAACCAGACGGGCCAAGGUGACAAAUCCCUUGCAAGAAACAUCUCUCUGAAAAAGGCAAAGAAGCCGCCUUUGCCACCAUCCAGAACAGACUCACUCAGAAGGGUGCCCAAGAAAAAAGCCCAGUCCAAUGGACAGGUACUUGAUGAAACGCUCAUUGCCACCCUCCAGCAUUCUCUGCAGUUGAAUCUCAAGUGCAAAAAUGGCAGCUCCCCUUCCCAGAGCCCCUGCAGUGAUUAUGAGGAUCCCUGGGUGUUGCGUUCCCGCAGCCAGAGCUCGGUCAGUGCAAGCAGCAGCAUGAUGUCCACCACUGCUCCAAACCUGUACUCCAUCUGCACAGUCACUCCCUCUCAGAGUGAAACAAGUAGCAUCAAGUCAGAGUACGCUGACCAGUGGGGUUACUACAGCGACUAUGCCGCAGUGGCAGACGACCAGGUAAAAUCCUCAGUGACCCAUUCUGCCAGUACAUCAUCUGCUCUCAGCGAUUACAGCAUCAGCCACUUCAGUGAUGGCUCAAGGGCUUCUGUGCCGCAAGUGCCCAGUGGACUGGCCAAACCAAAGAGCACUUCUCCGGAGAAAUCCCACCGAGUCACAUCGCCAUCAAGUGGGUACUCCAGCCAGUCCAAUACACCCACUGCACUUACUCCAGUGCCUGUAUUUUUAAAAUCUGCAUCAUCAGGAAAUGGGAAAUCCAAGCUGAAGCCUAAAGUGCCUGAAAGGAAGUCCUCUCUUCUGUCUUCAGUCUCCAUGUCUUCAUCCUCCACUUCUCUUUCUUCAAACACAUCUACUGAAGGGAGUGUGAGUGUGAAGAAAUUGGAUCCCACCCUGAGCUCUCCUCCGGAUUCUGGUGCACCUCCUCCACCACCACCUCUUCCAACACCUCCUCCACAUUGCCCCGAACAUUCUCCCCCUCCUCCCCCUCCUCCUCCUCCUCCAGCAGAAGUCAUGGAUCUGUCACCAUUGCCAGCCUCUCCCACAUUUCCCCCUCCUCCGCCAGAAGCUGAUGUAAAUUCUUCCUUUGCUCAGACUGUCCCAUGGUUUCCACAAGAAGCCUCCAUCAGUUCGUUCUCUUCCCCUGUUCCUCCUCCUUCUACUUUCCCCAUCACUGUCCCACCACCAGCACCACCUCUUGAUCCCAGACUAACAAAAGAUGCAACAAUAUACCCACAGUAUUCUUUUAAGAAACGUAACCAGGAAGAUUUUUGCUACAGUCCAGUGAAACAGCCACUGAACAAGCAAGAUGCAUCAAGACCUGUGAUGCCCUUAGUAACUACCAAAGCGUUGCAAAUGGUGCAGCUGAGGUCUGUGAAAAAAGUGACAGAAGGUGAACCAUCACCUGAAUCUGCUUCUGAAACCACCUCUCAGGAAAAGGGUACUGUAAAUUCAUCAUCGCAGUCUUCCCUAAAGCCAUCUCUCUCACUAAGACUCAGUAGCAGCUUAGGCGAAGAGGAAAUGAAAACUGAAGGCACUUCAUUUAAAAACUCAGUUCAAACACUGGCUCGGGGUUCUCCUCUCGUUCUUUCUGAUAACAUACCUGUGCUUGACAGUGAUCAAAAGCCUGCGAGUGCAGUAGGUCUAAACAAGUCUUCCGAAGCUGAUGCACUGGGGACAGCUACUGAAGACACACCUGGGUCUUCAGUGCAGAGUGAAGACCUCCAUUCUGGCGUGUCACUUCAGGGGUCCCCAGCAUCUCCCGACAAGACUCAGGUCGUAUUGUCAAGCAAGAAACCACCUCCUAUUUCAAAGAAACCCAAACUGUUCCUCGUUGUACCACCUCCACAGUUAGAUCUUACAGUGGAGAAAAUAGCUGAAGUGAGUGAUACUGUCAGAAGCACAUCAAGCCCAACGAAGAGAGACGCUGUGCUUGCACACUGUGAGGAGGCGAGAAAUUGUCUUACAGAUGGACUCAGUUCUAGCGAGAUGGACCCUGGCAGCCUGGUUCCUGAGGGAGGAGCUGCCGGAUUCACCUUCUCUGAGACAGUGGGAGCUAAUGCCUUUGUGGUACAGCCUGCUGCAUCACCAGUUCAAGAAGAACCCAGGCAGGAGGAGCAGUCCGCUUUUGAUGAAGGAAGCAGUUCAGGCAGCAGCCAAGACAGCGGCAGUAACGCUGACGGGCACCUAUCUCAAGAGAACGAAAGUGUGGAGGUGUUUGAAUCAGAUACAGCAAAUAGUUCAUUCCUGCCGAGCAAUAGUUAUGGGGAAGAGACGGACGGAGUGGCAACACCAGCGAGACCAAGGACUACUGAGGAUCUUUUUGCAGCCAUUCACAGAUCCAAAAGGAAAGUCCUUGGCCGUAAAGAUUCUGAAGACGACCGUACCCGCAACCAUUCUCCAUCGCCCCCCGUAACUCCCACUGGUGCUUCCCCAACCUUAGCUACCCUCAAACAAGCCGGAUCUAUUCAGAGAAGUGUUCGCAAGAGCAGCACCAGCAACGACAACUUCAAAGCCCUGCUGCUGAAGAAAGGGAGCCGCAGUGACACCAGUUCCCGCAUGUCCGCGGCAGAGAUGUUGAAGAACACGGACCCGCGGUUCCACCGGACAAAGACGGAUGCCUCCCCUGACCUUUCCGACAACCCUGCCAGCUGCUCGCCCAGCAAGAGCAAACGGGCCCAGGAAGAGUGGGCCAAGAGCGAGGGCCUGAUGCCAAGGAGCAUGUCCUUCUCUGGCACUAGGUAUGGCCGGUCACGAACACCCCCCUCUGCUGCCAGCAGCAAGUACAAUGUCCGCAACCGCAUCCAGAGCAGCCCCAUGACCGUCAUUAGUGAAGGAGAUGGGGAAGUGGUAGAACAGUCAGAGGGCAGGGUCCGAAGGACUUUGGAAGAGCAGCAAGAGAGGCAGCUUGAUAUGUUUAACAGUGAUGAAAUGGACAUGAAUGACUUUCCAUAUGCUGAGGAGGCAGGCUGCAAGGAGACCUUGGAUCCAACCCAUCUAGACUUAAUGACUCAACCAGGUACUUCAAGGAAGUAUCUAAGUCCCUCAGCUGAAGAAAGUUAA